AUGUCUGAAGAUGAAAAGUUCCUUUUUUUGGACAAAGACUUCAUAAACAGCCCUGCUGCCCAGGCAGAUUGGUCAGCCAAAAAACAGGUUUGGGUGCCAUCCGAGAAACAUGGCUUCGAAGCUGCAAGUAUCAAGGAAGAGAAAGGUGACGAGGUCCUGGUGGAAUUGGAUAAUGGAAAGAAAUUGACACUAAACAAGGAUGAUAUCCAGAAAAUGAACCCCCCAAAAUUCUCCAAAGUGGAGGACAUGGCGGAGCUGACUUGCCUUAAUGAAGCAUCUGUUCUGCACAACCUAAGAGAAAGAUACUUCUCUGGCCUUAUCUAUACAUAUUCUGGCCUUUUCUGUGUUGUGGUGAACCCCUACAAAGCCCUUCCAAUUUAUUCUGAGAAAAUCAUUGAUAUGUACAAAGGGAAGAAGAGGCAUGAAAUGCCCCCUCAUAUCUAUGCAAUAGCUGAUACCGCGUAUAGAAGUAUGCUACAAGAUCGUGAAGAUCAGUCUAUUCUGUGCACGGGUGAAUCUGGUGCUGGAAAAACAGAGAACACCAAAAAAGUAAUUCAGUACCUAGCUGUGGUGGCAUCCUCACACAAAGGAAAGAAAGAAACUAUCACGCAAGGCCCAUCUUUUGCCUACGGAGAGCUGGAAAAACAACUUCUUCAGGCUAAUCCCAUCCUUGAAGCUUUUGGAAAUGCCAAAACUGUGAAAAAUGACAACUCCUCUCGAUUUGGUAAAUUUAUUCGGAUCAACUUUGACGUUACUGGCUUCAUUGUGGGAGCGAACAUUGAAACCUAUUUGCUUGAAAAAUCCCGUGCUGUUCGUCAAGCAAGGGAAGAAAGAGCUUUCCACAUCUUUUACUAUUUACUCCAAGGAGCCAAACCUGCUUGGAAAGAGGAAUUACUUCUUGAAGGUUUUAGCAAUUACACAUUUAUGUCCCAUGGUUAUGUGCCUAUCCCUUCUCAGGAUGAUUCUGAUAUGUUCCAAGAAACAUUGGAAGCUAUGGAAAUUAUGGGAUUUAAUGAAGAGGAGCAAAUAUCCAUGAUGAAGGUGGUAUCCUCAGUAUUACAGCUGGGUAAUAUUGUCUUCAAGAAGGAAAGAAACACAGACCAGGCUUCCAUGCCAGAUGAUACAGCUGCCCAGAAAUGUUGUCACCUUAUGGGAAUUAAUGUGACAGACUUUACAAGAUGCAUGCUGAGCCCUCGCAUCAAGGUUGGAAGGGAUUUUGUGCAAAAAGCUCAAACCAAAGAACAGGCUGACUUUGCAGUUGAAGCUUUAGCCAAAGCAACUUAUGAACGACUCUUUUUGUGGAUUCUUAAUCGGGUUAACAAAGCUCUGGAUAAAACCAAGAGGCAAGGAGCCUCUUUCUUGGGUAUUCUUGACAUUGCUGGAUUUGAGAUUUUUGAGGUCAACUCAUUUGAGCAGUUAUGCAUCAACUAUACCAAUGAAAAACUUCAACAGUUGUUCAACCACACUAUGUUCAUUCUGGAGCAAGAGGAAUAUCAAAGAGAGGGCAUUGAAUGGAACUUCAUUGAUUUUGGUCUUGAUCUGCAGCCAUGCAUUGAGCUCAUCGAAAGACCUAACAACCCACCUGGUGUCUUGGCCCUUCUUGAUGAAGAAUGCUGGUUCCCUAAGGCAACUGAUGUCUCAUUUGUUGAAAAACUAAUUCAGGAACAAGGAAACCACCUGAAAUUUCAAAAACUGAAGCAGCUGAAGGAUAAAACCAUAUUUACCCUUCUUCACUAUGCAGGAAAGGUGGACUAUGAUGCCACUAAUUGGUUGACCAAAAAUAUGGACCCCCUGAAUGACAAUGUAACUUCAUUACUGAACCAGUCAUCUGAUAAAUUUGUUGGAGACCUAUGGAAAGAUGUUGAUCGUAUUGUGGGAUUGGACCAGGUGGCAAAAAUGACCGAAAGCUCCUUACCGAGUGCUUCCAAGACCAAAAAAGGCAUGUUCCGUACAGUCGGCCAACUUUAUAAAGAGCAGCUAACCAAGCUGAUGACAACACUGAGAAAUACAAGCCCUAACUUUGUCCGUUGUAUUAUUCCAAAUCAUGAAAAACGGUCAGGAAAACUUGAUGCCCACCUUGUGCUGGAACAGUUGAGGUGCAAUGGUGUCUUGGAAGGAAUCAGAAUUUGCCGUCAAGGAUUCCCGAAUAGAAUUGUCUUCCAGGAGUUCCGUCAAAGAUAUGAAAUUCUUGCUGCUGGUGCUAUUCCAAAGGGCUUUAUGGAUGGCAAACAGGCCUGCAUACUUAUGAUGAAAUCCUUAGAGCUUGACACUAAUUUAUUCAGGAUUGGUCAAAGUAAAAUAUUCUUCAGGACAGGUGUCCUCGCCCACCUGGAAGAAGAAAGAGACUUAAAGAUAACAGAUAUUAUUAUUGCAUUCCAAGCUCAAAGCCGUGGUUACCUUGCAAGAAAGGCAUUUGCAAAGAGACAACAGCAGCUGACUGCUAUGAGAGUCAUUCAGAGAAACUGUGCUGCUUAUCUAAAGUUGAGAAACUGGCAGUGGUGGAGAUUGUUCACUAAGGUGAAGCCUCUUUUGCAAGUGACCCGUCAAGAAGAAGAAAUGCAAGCUAAGGACGAUGAGCUUAAACAAGUCACUGAGAAAUUCCACAGAACAGAGCUUGAAUUGAAGGAAUUACAUAUGAAACAUGUGCAGAUUACAGAAGAGAAGAAUGUCCUUCAAGAGCAACUUCAAGCUGAAACAGAGCUGUAUGCUGAAGCAGAAGAGAUGAGGAUACGUUUACAAGCUAAGAAGCAAGAAAUGGAGGAGAUUCUUCAUGAAAUGGAAGCCAGGAUAGAAGAGGAAGAAGAACGUGGCCAGCAACUGCAAGCAGAGAAGAAAAAAAUGCUGCAGCAGAUGCAGGACCUGGAGGAGCAGCUGGAGGAAGAGGAAGCAGCCAGACAGAAGCUGCAACUAGAGAAAGUGACAGCAGAGGCCAAGAUCAAGAAAUUGGAAGAUGAUGUUCUUUUAAUGGAUGACCAUAACAACAAAUUAACUAAGGAAAGAAAAGUGCUUGAGGAGAGAGUGAAUGACCUUACCUCUAACCUGGCAGAAGAAGAAGAAAAGGCAAAGAACCUGACUAAAUUAAAAAACAAACAUGAAUCUAUGAUCUCAGAACUGGAGGUUCGUCUAAAGAAAGAAGAGAAAAGCAGGCAAGAAUUGGAAAAAACAAAGAGAAAGCUGGAAGGUGAAGCAAGUGAUCUCAAUGAACAAAUAGCAGAACUUCAGGCACAGAUUGCUGAGCUCAAACAGCAGCUAGCCAAAAAGGAAGAGGAAUUACAGGCUGCCCUUGCCAGGCUGGAAGAUGAAAUUGCCCAGAAAAAUAAUGCAUUGAAGAAAAUCCGUGAAUUGGAGGCACAUAUCUCAGACCUGCAGGAAGACUUGGAGUCAGAAAGAGCAGCAAGAAACAAGGCAGAAAAGCAAAAGAGGGAUUUGGGUGAAGAGCUGGAAGCUUUGAAGACGGAGCUGGAAGACACACUUGACAGCACAGCAACACAGCAAGAACUCAGAGCAAAGAGAGAACAGGAAGUUACUGUUCUGAAGAGAGCAUUGGAAGAAGAAACAAGAUCACAUGAGGCCCAGGUUCAGGAAAUGAGGCAAAAACAUACUCAAGCUGUUGAGGAGCUAACAGAACAACUGGAACAAGUAAAAAGGGUUAAAAUCAACUUGGAAAAGAGCAAGCAAGGCUUGGAGAAAGACAACUCUGAGCUUACAAUUGAGAUUAGAUCACUGAACACGGCCAAACAAGAUGUAGAACACAAGAAGAAGAAGCUUGAAGUCCAGUUGCAGGAGUUACAGUCUAAAUACACUGAUGGAGAACGGGCCAGAAAUGAGCUGACAGAAAAAUCCCAUAGAGUACAGGUAGAACUGGAAAAUGUCACAGUUCUGCUAAGUGAAGCAGAGACCAAGUCCAUUAAGCUUUCCAAAGAUGUUGCCAGUUUACAAUCCCAGCUCCAGGAUUCACAGGAGUUACUGCAAGAAGAGACCCGGCAGAAGCUGAAUGUUGGCACCAAGCUUCGUCAAGUAGAGGAUGAGAGGAACACACUUCAGGAGCAACUAGAUGAAGAAACAGAGGCCAAACAGAACCUGGAACGUCACAUCUCGACUCUAAAUAUUCAGCUUUCAGAUUCCAAGAGGAAAUUGCAAGAAUUUACUGCCACAAUAGAAUCUAUGGAAGAAGGUAAGAAGAAAUUCCAGAGAGAUAUUGAGGCCAUGACACAACAGUUUGAGGAGAAAGCUUCUGCUUAUGAGAAACUGGAAAAGACCAAAAACCGCCUACAGCAGGAACUUGAUGACUUAAUAGUUGACUUGGACAACCAGCGUCAACUUGUGUCCAACCUGGAGAAGAAACAGAAAAAGUUUGACCAGAUGUUAGCAGAAGAGAAAACUAUUUCUUCAAAAUAUGCUGAUGAGAGAGACAGAGCUGAGGCUGAGGCUAGAGAGAAAGAGACCAAAGCGCUAUCACUUGCCAAAGCUCUUGAUGAAGUUAUUCAAGCAAAGGAAGAACUUGAGAGGGUGAACAAAAUGUUGAAGGCAGAAAUGGAGGACUUGGUCAGCUCCAAAGAUGAUGUUGGAAAGAACGUUCAUGAUUUAGAGAAGUCCAAACGAGGCCUUGAGCAACAAGUUGAAGAGAUGAAGACACAGUUGGAAGAGCUGGAAGAUGAGCUUCAGGCAGCAGAAGAUGCCAAACUUAGAUUGGAAGUCAACAUGCAAGCUCUGAAAGCACAGUUUGAUAGAGACUUACAAGGCAGAGAUGAGCAGAAUGAGGAGAAAAGGAGACAGCUGGUUAAACAGGUACAUGAGUUGGAAACAGAACUGGAAGAUGAGAGGAAACAAAGAACUUUGGCAGCUGCAGCCAAGAAGAAGUUAGAAGUUGACCUUAAGGAUCUAGAAGGACAAGUGGACUUUUCCAAUAAGGGUCGGGAUGAAGCUAUCAAACAACUAAGGAAAUUGCAGGCUCAGAUGAAGGACUUCCAAAGAGAGCUUGAUGAUGCCCGUGCAGCCAAGGAAAUAUUUGCUACUGCAAGAGAAAAUGAGAAGAAGGCCAAGAGUCUUGAAGCUGAACUCAUCCAACUACAAGAGGAUUUGGCUGCUGCAGAAAGAGCAAGAAAACAAGCAGAGCUGGAGAAAGAGGAACUGGCAGAAGAACUUGCAGGAAGUGCAUCUGGGAAAUCAUCCCUCCAGGAUGAUAAGCGCCGGCUGGAAGCUAGAAUUGCUCAGAUGGAGGAGGAGUUGGAAGAGGAACAGGGUAACAUGGAGGCAAUGGGUGACAGAAUGAGGAAAGCUAUGCAGCAGGCUGAACAACUCACAAAUGAACUGGCAGCUGAACGAAGCACAUCACAGAAGAAUGAGGGCGCACGACAGCAGCUUGAAAGACAAAACAAAGAACUGAAGAACAAACUACAGGAAAUGGAAGGCUCUGUCAAGUCAAAAUUCAAGUCUAGCAUUACUGCCUUGGAAACCAAGAUUGCUCAGCUUGAAGAACAAUUAGAACAGGAAUCCAGAGACAAACAGGUACAGGCAAAAUCUUUAAAACAGAAAGACAAAAAGCUUAGAGAGGCUCUUCUACAAGUUGAAGAUGAGAGGAAACAGGCUGAGCAGUACAAGGACCAGGCUGAAAAGGGACUUGUGAAACAGAAGCAACUAAAACGGCAACUCGAGGAGGCUGAGGAAGAAACACAGCGUCUCAAUGCCUCUCGGAGAAAAGUACAGAGAGAGCUUGAUGAGGCUACUGAAAGUAAUGAUGUGUUGACCAGAGAGCUUAGUGGGCUCAAGAGCAAACUUAGACGGGGUAAUGAGCCAGCAUCAUUCGCCCCUCCUCGAAGAUCCGCGGGGAACAGAAGAGCGGUAGAGAGCAUGGCUGAUGGAGCUGAAGAAGAUGCAGAAAUUCGAGAUGCAGAUUACAAUGGAACCAAAGGAAGCGAAUAGUCCUACUUUUUGUCACCUCAUGUGCCUAUGAACUGUAUUGCAACUCUAUCCCCUUCAGUCCCCGAGUCGCCUGUAACAGUGUUUCAGGCCUCUCUGGCAGUGAAAGGAAUUCUGUCUAGCGCACUUGCACCAAGAUGGCGCCCAAUUACUGCAGCACAGUACCCAUGUGGAUGAUCAUCUGCCUUCUUCACAUCAGCUAUCUCAGUGCUUUGUGAGAAGCGGCCACAAGUACACAUGUUACAUUAAAGAGGAUAAAAGUUUGGUCCUCUGUUUUCCAGUAAAAGCAAUGGAGUGCUGAACUUUAUAGCACCUCUUGAUGCUAUUGGUUUCUCUCUCUUUGCGGUGUUCAAAUCAUAACAUAAACCAAUUAAAACAGGCUGGUGGCAAUAUGCAAAACAUGUGGGACAAUUUUAAUAAGAGAGCAUCCCACACUUUUCACUGGCUGACACAAAGAAUAAUGUAGAUUGUUGUAUUCUACGUAAUUUUAUGAUCAAAUGGGCCAACUAUUAUAUUGAUGUUUACUUGCUCAAGAUUUUUAUUUUUAAAACUUUCAUACACUAAGUGCCUUUCUGAUCACCAGUAUUGUGUUUAAAACAAAAUCCAAAUGUAUACCACAGUUUGCUACUGCACCCUAAUUGUGCUAAAGUCACAACCACUGAAAAAAAUAUAAAGCACAAGAGAUUAAAUUGUAGAGGCCCUAUGUAUUAGCUGCACAUAUUUGUAGGGGUAUGACUAAAGACAAUGUUUGAGAGAUUCCUUGACUUUAGAAAUGACAGAUUCUUAAACCAGUCCAUUGUAUUACUAAUUGAUAUUUAAAUGCAAGAUUUCUGAAUUUCGCUUCUCUAAUAAAAAAAAUCAGUUUUAUUGCA